CACUCUUCACUUUCGGUGGAUCUGCCGUUGCACCGGCUUCUCUUUUCUGUCCUACAGUGUCCGAGUUAUUCUGUAGAAUUUACACGAUCCAUGAUUUGUGCCUUCUGCACAUAAUCCCAGAGGUGAUCAGAUAAUAUUACGCAGUCGCUCAUUUGCGUAAAAACGCACCGAUGCGCUCUCAGGACUUAAUUCAUUGAUGGCCGAGAGCUUCCAUCAAAGGCCUUAUUCUUUGAGGACUGGAGCUGUUUCCAUAUCUGAAAAUGGUCCGGUAGGAAGAGUUUCGGAUGAGGAGGAUUAUUUGACCAUUAAAGUCAACAUUUUUUGGAUUGAAAAUGAAGAUUUGGAGCACGGAACAUGUUUUCAGUUACCCAUGGGAGACCGUGAUCAAGGCUGCGAUGAGGAAGUACCCUAACCCUAUGAACCCCAAUGUGAUCGGUGUGGACGUGUUGGACCGAAGUCUGGACGCAGAGGGACGCCUCCACAGCCACAGACUCCUCAGCACUGAGUGGGGCCUCCCAGGGAUUGUCCGAGCGAUUCUUGGAACAAACCACACACAAACGUACGUGAAGGAGCACUCCAUAGUCGACCCAGAGGAGAAGAAGAUGGAGCUGUGUUCAACAAAUAUUACACUGACCAACCUCAUUUCAGUGGAUGAGAGACUUCUUUACCGACCGCAUCCAGACAACCCUGAGGUUACGGUCCUCACCCAGGAGGCCAUCAUCACAGUUAAGGGAGUCAGUCUAAGUAGUUACCUCGAGGGGAUGAUGGCGAGGAGAAUGUCAGCCAACGCCAGGAAGGGUUGGGAUGCUAUUGAGUGGAUUAUUCAGAACUCUGAAAGAGAAAACGUACCUCUCUGUGACAUUUACUAACUCUGGACUGCUGUUCUGUAUUGACGACUACCUUACCUGGAAACACCUCAUAAAGCUAAAGCAGUGGGGAUUAUCAGCAUCUCUGGAUCUUCUGCAGUUGGCUCUGUAUAUCCUCCGGGAGUUUUGUGGAUUUUCACCCCACACCGCCUCAAUCACCUCUGGAGAACAAGCACUGGAGGCACACAGAGAUAACAAAACCCCACCAAAGCUGAAUGAUAAAUAGAAUGCAUGAAAGCUGAGGUAUUUGUGGCUUUCUUUGACACGUUAGAACAGGAUAUGAGGGUUGUACCAACUGUAUUAAGAACUGGGAAAAAAAAAAAGAAAAGGAAACUUUCCUUCUGUGCAACAUCCUGAGCCUACCAGACAUUACUGGUGCAAAUAUUACAUUUAACCCCACAUUAAUGUCUUCAGUUUAGUUCAAUUCAUAACUCUAGUGCAGAGGAGGGAUGCAAUAGGCAGAAACGCACAAUGUUUUUGAAAACAAGGUACGAUGCGGUUUUAAUAUGCAACAAACAUCCUCACUUUUAAGUGUUGUAAUUCUUCUAUACUGUCAAACACUGGCAACUCCUACAGUAGGAGUUUAAUCCAAAACAUGUUUCUGGUGCUUUUUGUGUGUUUUAAGAGGCACAAACUGUAGAUGAUGUGUUUGCAUGAUAGUAGAAAUGGAGGGGAUGAUCAAAGAAAAUAAGUAGUACAGUAGUUAGCUAUUAGAGUCAAUUGCUGAUGCAGCUUUACAUAGAAAUUCAAGGAAGUCACAUUGUUUCAGACAGAAAAUUAAAAUGGGGAAUGUACCAUUGCCUUGUUUUUCUACUGUCAACACAACACAUCGGCACCUUUUUGGUUUAACACUGAUGGAUAUUAUUGCUUAAAACCAGCAUGUAUGUACUGUAUGUAACUGUUUUCAGGAGACUGAUGAGUAUGUUGUGCUAUCCUUAAAGGGUAGAUUUAGUUGUGUUUAUAUGGCCUUAAAAUGAUGCCUGUGUAUUUUUGCUUUGACAGUGGCUCAUGCCUUUUCCAGUCAUACACAUCAUGCUUCCAAAUGUUGAACUACUCUUUAAAAGCUACCUGUAUAGACCCUGA